AUGAGGCUUUGUUUUCUUAACUCUAUCCCAUUCACUUUACUGCGAUCUGCAAACAUUCUCUGUGCCAAAGAGGUGGUACCUUUGGCCGCAGUGCAGCAUCCACACGGCGUAGUCAACCCGAGGCAGGCAGAGAACGUGUCACCCUGCCUGACGCAAUGCUUCCUCAAAGUGUUCCCACAAUUCGACUGUCCAGAUUUGACAAAGUGUAUAUGCACAAACAACCCACUUCAAGAUGCACUAGCCGCCUGUGCAAUCGAGUCGAAAUGCUCGAUCGAAGACUUGCUUGCCAGCAAGAAAGUCCAGGCUAGCAUGUGCGGAGAGCCUGUCAGGAAUCGUUCCACGACCUUCUUCGUCACCGCAACAGUACUCUUCGUACUAGCCAUCACCUGUGCAAUCAUCAGAGCCGUGAGUCGAGGCCGGUCUUUUGGCGGCGCUGGUUAUGGGUGGGACGACUGCACGCUCUUCAUAUGCUGCCUACCAAUGAUCGGUCUGACCGUCUGCGGCUACAUGGAGGCGCACUAUGGGUUGGGACGAGACACAUGGGACCUUUCCAUCGAUGCAAUCGAGAAGUGUCUAAUGCUCUUCUACGUCGGCAACACCUUCUAUGCACCAGUUGUAUUCGGCACGAAGAUCGCGUUCGUCUUGCUAUACAUGCGCAUCUGGAACGACAGCGUCGGCUUCCGGCGCAUAUGCUAUGUCACUCUAGCGCUUCUCAUAAUCGCGCUGAUCGGCUUCGAAUUCUCGACUAUCUUCCUGUGUACGCCGAUUGACUACACGUGGAAAGCCAUCCGAGGCAAGCAAGGACAUUGCAUCCACCGGCAAGUCCAGCUAUACACUAGCUCCUCGACUAACAUUGCUCUGGACCUGAUUGUGCUGCUUCUUCCGCUCCCGAAGAUUCUUGGCCUGAAGAUGAAUUCAAGGAGGAAAAUUGGUCUUUUGCUUACGUUCGUGGUCGGUUUUGCUACCACCGCUGCCAGCGCAACACAGCUGUACUUCCUGGUCACGAAGCUCAGCGAUACGCAGAAUCCCACCUGGGACUUUUUCGACAUCGGACUUUGGCGCAUCACCGAGAUGUACCUAUCGAUCAUCUGCUGUUGCAUGCCUAUGAUGGCUGGGCUAGGGAUGCGCGGCUGGAAGAGGGUGUCCAGCUGGUCCAGCAUACCAUCAUCCGUCCACUACUUCUUGGAGAAGAGUUUCGGGAGCAGCAGCAGCAAGAGCAAGACAGGGAACACGAGCACUGCAAGAAGUGGUAGCAUAAGCGCAGGUCUUGACGAUGGCCGCUGGCGCCAACUAUCAGCUCAGGAAACAGGACUCGGCGUUGUCGACGUCAAGCGACCUGCGUAUGCGCAGCUACAGACAUCGAAGGGGUAUCUGCAGGUCGCUGACCGGAAGAGGGAAAUUGCAGCCGCGAAGAUACAGGAGAACGCGAUGCUGGAUAGGGAAUCCUUUGCUGAGCGCGAUUUCCAGCAACAACAACCCGAUCAUCUCAUCAAACCCGCCAUGAUGCGAAGCGGAUCCGACAAGUCUGAUUCUUGGUUUAAGGGAAGCAGAACCAGAGCGCCUCGACCACCACAGCUGCGGAACUUACGAACGACAAUGACCUCACUGUCGCCACCAUUGUCGCCGACGAACGAAGAUCCACCAGAGAUCCAACGCCAGAAAGUCUCACCCAAGUCAUGGUACCCUCCCGAAUCGCGCACGAGCAGCGACGAUUCAGACACCUUGCAGACAUCACCUAGCGAGGAUACUGGGUCAUGCAGUGAAGCAGAUGCGUCCCGUAAGCGAUGGUCGCCUCCGGACAGUGGCAUGGAGCGGCCGCCAGCAAUGCGACAAACGAGCUAUCCCCUUCGCUCAAACGGCAUGUCGGGCGCGUUCGACACAGACUACGAAUUGCCGAUGCAAGGACAGCGCAGGCUGUACGAGCGAAGAGCUCUGCCUGGUAUACCGGCCAAAGCGAUGGCGAGGCUGGGGAUAUGA